AGGCCCAUUAUAAAAAUUACAAGGCCCAAUAUGAGUUAGGCGUCAAUUUCUUUAGUUCAUUUGUUUAUUCUAGUGGCAGUGGAGUGAAGAAGAAACAAUGUCGCCAAUUUCUAAAAUUCUCGGAGGAUGCAGGACACUGAUGGCGAAGGCGGUAACAAAUGCGACGGCUACCGGCGCCGGCUUUGAUCCAAGAGGAGAAAUACAUAAGAUUUUUCCAGUCUCAGAGUCGCUGGCUAGAUUCGUCGGCCAAAGCGAAAUCUCUUUUUCCACCGCCAUGGAGAAAGUGGAGCAGUAUACCGAUGAUCACGAUCUCUGGAAUCCGGAGAAUAUAGAGGAGAUACUGUGCGAUGAUAACUUGAAGACGAUAUUCGAUGGCAAAGAAAAAGUCGUCGGAGUCAGAGAGAUGACGGAGCUCUUGUUGCGACAUUUUCCUAACGUCAGGAAUAUGUCGGCGAAGGUGAAGGCUACCGGUGGAGGUACUAUAGAAAAAUGGGGGUUCAAUGACAUUGUGGAAGUCUCAGAGCCGCUGGCUAGAUUCGUCGGGAGAAGCGAAAUCUCUUUUGUCGCCGCCUUGAGAAAAUUGCUAGAGUAUACCAAAGAUCACGACCUCUUAGAUGAGGGUGUUACUCUGCUCGAGUUUCCCUGGAUUACGAAGUGUAGUAAAUGGCGGAUACGAUGCGAUGAUAACUUGAAGACGAUAUUCAAUGGCAAAGACAAAGUCGGAAACAAAGAGCUCUCUUCACUCUUGAUGCAACAUUUUCCUGACAGACGACUCGUUUGGUGAGGUGUAUCUCCUAGUAAACCAAUCCAAGAAAUGAGUUUGUUUUCUUUUGGUUCAUUUCAAAUGCGAAUGAAAAAAACUCUAGACCGAUUGAACUUUGGUAUGUGUUAAAAAAACAAAAGCUAACUCUUUGAUCCAUCUGCUAUAGAAUAUUAUGGUUUAGCUUUUGGAAAUAGUUUAUUUUUUUACACUUAAACAAUUCACAUAGUAAUAAAAGAGAUAGCAACGUGCAUUUUAUUUAAUAAUUAAUUUUGAGACAUGAGAAAAUUAAGGGAAAAUCAGCUACAUCGCUGUCCACCUUAUCCACUUGUACCCCAAUCCCUUUGGCAAAAACUUGUCACAACCCUUUUGAUCCAAAACCGACCAAUGGACACCAACAACAACCAGCAACCACCUCCCUCCGCCGCCGGAAUCCCUCCUCCUCCACCUGGAACCACCAUCUCCGCCGCCGGAGGAGGAGCUUCUUACCACCACCUUCUCCAACAACAACAACAACAGCUCCAACUAUUCUGGACCUACCAACGCCAAGAGAUCGAACAAGUUAACGAUUUCAAAAACCAUCAGCUUCCACUAGCUCGGAUCAAGAAGAUCAUGAAAGCCGAUGAAGAUGUUCGUAUGAUCUCCGCCGAAGCACCGAUUCUCUUCGCCAAAGCUUGUGAGCUUUUCAUUCUCGAGCUCACGAUCAGAUCUUGGCUUCACGCUGAGGAGAAUAAACGCCGUACGCUUCAGAAAAACGAUAUCGCUGCUGCUAUUACUAGGACUGAUAUCUUCGAUUUCCUUGUUGAUAUUGUUCCUAGAGAUGAGAUUAAGGAUGAGGCCGCUGUGCUCGGCGGUGGGAUGGUGGUGGCUCCCACCGCUAGCGGCGUGCCUUACUAUUAUCCGCCGAUGGGACAACCAGCUGGUCCUGGAGGGAUGAUGAUUGGGAGACCAGCUAUGGAUCCGAGUGGUGUUUAUGUGCAGCCUCCGUCUCAGGCGUGGCAGAGUGUUUGGCAGACUUCGCCGGGGACUGGAGAUGAUGUCUCUUACGGCAGUGGUGGAAGCACCGGUCUCGACGGCCAAGGUUAAACUCAAGAGUAUUCCAGAUGAUGCUUGAAGACAGCAGAUAUUAGUCGACUUUGCCUUGAAUUUUGGAUGUGUCUAAUAGAUUAUGCCUGAAUUCAAUUUAAAAGGCUUAAAAAGAGUAAAAAAAACUCUUAUUUCUCUCUGUUAACUUAUAUGCUAUUGCAGCAAACCAUCAUUGCUGUGACUUUGCCUAA